AUGGGCAAAUUACCGAUGUCCCUCGAGUUUUAUUUCUGUGUCCCAAACCUAGGCCGACCAAGAAAGUCAGACGCGACUCAAAACGUCGUAGUAAGCACGUCAAAACCAUUCGCCAUGAUCUUCCCGACUUACCAGUAUCAGCAAGGCCGUGGUCUAUCCCUAGAAGCAAAAUCGACUCAGACAGCUACAGGGCUUCGUGCUGUGAGCGGAACCACCAUGCCUACUCCCAGCCACGUUAUCGGCCAUCCAAAGCUCCCUCAUAGCCAUAAGAUGACAUCUCGCUGGCAGUUACAGUUCUUGAGUGGACUGGUUGUGUGA